AUGUCCAAGGCUCCGAUGAUUGCUGGAACUAUGCAAACAGACCCUCGGUCUGGAGGUGUAAAAAGAUCAUCAGGAGUCACUAUACUUCCAGUGGUCACAGAAGCUUGGGCAGAAGUCCGUGACGACGGUAACGCUGACAUUGACUGGAUCUUGAUUGGUUACGAGGGAAACUCGAAAACGGACAUGACGUUAUUGGAAAAGGGCAGUGGAGGACUGGAAGCCAUUGCGAAUGUCCUUCCACCUGGAGUUCCUUCCUUUGGUGGGGUAAAACUAUCGAGUGGAAAAUUCGUUUCCUUUCUGUAUAUUGAUGAUGAUUGUCCCGCCAUGAAACGAGGCCGUACGCUCAUGUACAAGAAUGGGGUAUUCAACGCACUGGAGGGCUGCGUUGGAGAAAUAGAAAUGAAACCCGGAUUGACAGAAGCUGACAUGGGUCCAGUGCGAUAG